AUGGAAAAUGAGGCGUCCUCCAGAAGGGGCCGGCUUAUCGGCAAGCUCUUUGGCAGUAAAGAGCGCAAGACCUCCGAUUCCACCAACGCUACCAGCCUCGACUCCUUUUUACACAGCUCCGACAACUUGCAGCCCAGCGACAUCGCUCACGUCCCUGGCAUCCAGCACCUACCCGCCGUCUUUGCCGUCGCCUCUGUCGACCGGGGCGCAGUCAGGCUUUCCUCCUCAAAACGAGGACCCUCGGCCUAUGGCCACGAGAAUGGUGUCCGGCUGUGGUGGUUCCUAAAAGGUCGCUUGGGGCUUGAGCAGGCCAUAAGAGAAUACCAACCUAACACGCCAGCUGCAUCAAAGGCCCAGCUGCAGAAUGAACUGGACAAGCAGCAGGCCUAUGCCAAUCUGGCCAAGUCGUAUUGGCUGUGCCAACACGCCAUUCCAGAAAUCUCGCAAAUUCGCCGACUUCCCCCCGAUCCCGAGAUUCUGGCUGCUACGGAGCAGCUGAUGUCGUCACUAAAAAAGCUGGCCAUGUCUAUGAAGAGAAAUGGCCUUUUGCCCCCAGAAGAACCUUUCUUGCCGGCAACCAUAGAUAAAGCCAUUUGGCUGGAGUAUCCAGCUAUGAGCCAAGACAUGAUUGCCUUGCUAUCUGGUGACUGGGGCUCGGGCAUUUCCGCUAUUCAAAAGCCAACGACAAACUUGCAAAUAUUGAAUGCGCUGCCGCUCACCGACAUGACGGACUUUUUCAGCUACGGCCGAGUUGCGGCAGACUGUUUCUUGAUGGAACAGGGACGAGAAGCACAGAGAGUCUACUUUUCCUGCUUCCUGUCUAUGCUGCGACCCCGGACCGAGACUGGACUCGUAUUCAUCAUUGCUAGCCAGAAUGGGGUAGUUCAACUGGCCAUACAAGAUAACAAGGGAGCCGGUCCAGUGUGGGAGGAUGUGCGUUGGCGCAACGACACCUGUACUCUGGAGCUACGGCUACCCCGUGGAUUCAUGCUCGCCGUACAGCUGUCACAAACUGACUAUCGCAUGUUGUGGAACAUGUAUGACUUUGGUGCCCGGGUUCGGUCGUCCUUGAAACCUCGCCCUGAUGAAACGAUAGUUUUUAGAAAUACGCUCCCUUCGUUCCAGUACAUUGACUCUGAUCCGCAGUCGCGUGUGUUCCCCAAGGACGCCGUGGUGCAGUGCGAAGUGGCGCUGUUCGAACGAGUGUACAAAGAAAACGGCCCCGCAGGCCAGAGAAACUGGCACGCCGGGUUCCGCAUCGCGGCCGUGACGGGACCGCACACCAGGACAUUGAGCGGAGUGCAGCACAACUACCCGACUCUGCUGCCGGUCCAGUUUGGCUUUUUCCGCGACGGCGAUGCGCCAGCUCUGUCCAUCAAGUUUGAAGGAAGCCGUCAAAAGGGGUGCAUGGUGCUUACUUUUAGCGACGAAAAAGAGCGCGUGCGGUUUCACUCGCUCAUUACAGGAACCGCGUUGGAGGUGGACGAGCGAAUCUUCGCCAAUGUACCGCUGCGUAGCUUGCAGAUAUCAGAGAAAAUGGACGAUAUGACAAACAUAUUGCCGUUUGGGCGCAUGCCUUGGAAGGCGGCGCAGGUCAUAAAUGACGAGUUUGGGCCGAACGGAGAGCAACCGCCGUCGGUGCUGUCGGAUAAGCUCAAGGUAGUGCUGGAGUACCAGAAUGGCAUGGUGACGGACCGAAUCAACGUGGCGCCCGGGGAGAUGCGCCUCAGGUUAGACGUAUCCAACAGUUUGGUAUUCCGCAUGCUCCGUCAACCACAGCAGGACAUGACUGUGUCCAUCUCGGAUACGCAAGUGCCAAAGGAGCUGGCGGCGGAGAUGAGCCGUGGGCUACAGACGAUACGACACAGACAGACGAUACGCACACUGGAGUUCAACAGUCUGAAGGAACUGCAUGAGUUUCAAUUCGCGGUGACUGGGUACGAGGUCAUGUUCGACGCGAUGGCGACGACAUUUGCGAUUGCCCGGCGCAGAAUGGUUGUGCCUAUCCAUAAGAAGUGGGAGGCUGGCCUGACGCGGAUCCAGGUUGUGCGACAAGAAGACAAGCAGGUGCAGCUGUUGGCAUUCUUCGAGAACUGGCAGCAUGGGCACUGCAUGAACUUUGUUCUCAAGGGUACAGACGUGUACGAGUCGUUCCAACGGAGCGGCAAGGCAGGAAUUAAGUUUGUGGAUGCCAAAUUUCCGUUACCGCGUCUGCCGGAAGACAAGGAUGGAGAUCUUGGCGACAUGGCGUUUGUCUGCCUUGAUCUUCCGGACCUGCCGGGAGAGCACGACGACAUUUCGAUUGUGUUUGAAAAAGAACUGGGUAAGUGA